GUCUUCAUCUGCUCUUUCCCUCCCAUCUCAUCGCCCUCGCCCGCGUCCUUCUGAUCGCAUCGUCCUCCCGCCAUGUCCGAAUCUGCCCUCUCCAACAUCCUCAAGCGUCUCGAGUCUGCCACCGUCCGUCUCGAGGAGAUUGCCCAGCAGCGCACCCUGGGCGUCCCCGCCGCCUCGGCCACCCCCGGCACCAGCUCGCCCUCGGUGCCUUCGCCCGGUGGAGCCGCCGUUCCCGUGGCCCUUGCCGAGUUUGACGACCUCAUCAACGGCCCCGUCGCCGACUUUGUCAACCAGUCGGCUGCCAUCAACGAUCUUGUCAAGGAGCAGGUCGGCUACCUCACCGAGGCCUUCCGCGCCCAGCGCGCCCUGAUCCAAAUCGCCGCGGCCUCCAAGAAGCCCGACGUCCCCACCAUCCAGGAGCUCCUCAAGUCCACCAACGCCGCUGUCGAGAAGAUCACCAACAUCAAGGACUCGAACCGCCCCUCUCCCUUCUUCAACCAUCUGUCGACCGUCGCCGAGGGCAUUCCCGCCCUCGGCUGGGUUGUUGUUGAGCCCGCCCCUGCUCCCUUUGUCGGCGAGAUGAAGGAUUCGGCCCAGUUUUAUGCCAACCGUGUUGUCAAGGAGUACAAGGAUAAGGACCGUGCCCAUGUCGAGUGGACCCGGGCCUACAUCAGCAUCCUGACGGAUCUCCAGCAGUACGUCAAGAAGUGGCACACCACCGGCCUGGCCUGGAACCCCAAGGGCGGCGAUGCCAAGAGCUUCAACGCCGCUGCCCCUACCGCUACUCCCCCUCCCACUCCCGCCAACGCCGCCACCCCCUCUCCCUUGCGCCCUGCGGUUGCAGCCAAUCUCUUCAGCGAGCUGAACAAGGACGGUCUCACCACCGGUCUGCGCAAGGUCGACAAGUCCGAGAUGACCCACAAGAACCCCGAACUGCGUGCCACCAGCGUUGUUCCGUCCACCCCGGCCCAUGCUCCUGCCGCUGCUGCCGCCGCCCCCAAGUUUGGUGGCGCUGCCCCGAAGGCUCCCCCCAAGUUUGCUCUUGAGGGUAACAAGUGGGUGGUUGAAAACCAACCCAGCGGCGCCAACAUCACCAUUGACCAGGCCGAGGUCAAGCACGUCGUCUAUAUCUACAACUGCACCCAGUGCACCAUCCAGAUCAAGAGCAAGGUCAACGCCAUCACCAUUGACGGCUCCAAAAAGGUCGGCGUCGUUAUCGACAACGUGGUCUCGACCAUCGACAUUGUCAACUGCAAGUCGGCCCAGGUGCAGGUUCUUGGCAAGGCUCCCACCGUUGUUGUCGACAAGACCGAUGGCCUCCAGCUCUUCCUGUCCCCCGCGUGCCUCGACGUCGAGCUGCUGUCGGCAAAGAGCUCCGAGAUGAACGUCUCGAUCCAGGGUGCCGACGGCGACUAUGUCGAGAAGCCUGUUCCCGAGCAGUUCAAGACCACCAUCGUCAACGGCUCGCUCGUCACCGUCCCUGUCGAGCACAAGGGCUAAACAGCCUGCGCGAGCCUGGACGCAGCCUCGAUGCAGUCGAGCACUCUUCAGAGACGGCCCUGCCGAUGCGACUGAACAAUUGUCUCUGCGGCCCAGCUAUAAAUCCAUACCUCUCACUCCACCUCUCUUCUUCCGGUCAUUUGUAAACAUGCGGCGUGCUUUCUGUAUGUGAAUACGGCGAAUCCCAAAAUAUAGCCCACCGCUCAAUUGAC